UUUAGAUUAUUUUUUAAAAUUCUGUCCAAAUAAAAAAAAAUCUGCUAAAAGCUCUGUUAUUGUGAAAAUCUGGAUAUUCAAAACCAAGACAUUGUGCAAAACAAAUUUUCGUUAUCAAUUUAUAGAGUCUCAAUUCUGGACACCAUGGCUGAACUGAAGAUUGAAUCUGAUCGUGGGGACGACGAUCUGUCCGACCAAUUCGAGAUAGAGGACCCGGUUUUGGAUGCAGGUCUGAACCCCGACGAGGAAAGCGACGAAGACGAUCCUGUGAACUACGUCAGCGAAGAGGUACUUUUGUUUGUGGACUUUGAUAAUCACUUGAGCCGGAAGGAGUUGGUUGAUCCAAAUGUUCGUAUCAAAGUCGUCGGUAUCGAAACCGAGCAUCCGGUCAUUCAGAUUAAUGAAGAUGUUUACAAAGGAACCUAUGAUUAUCCGCUAGGAACAAAUGUGUUCCUGGAAGAGGAUCCGUUCGAGAAGAGUAAAAUUGAUCCUUUAUACGGAGCAAAUCCGGAUAAGCUAUACAAAUACGCAGGUCAGAGCGAUAAGAUGCUUAAAAUGAAACGUAUAUUUGUGAAGCCCAAAGAGCAGCAACCUAGUACUGCGACGAUAAAAGAGGAACCGGGCUCGCUUCCAGUGCCCGCCACCGAACUUGACAAAGUUUGCCGCUUUACAGAACGAACACUGGUCACACGAACCUACGAGGAAGCGCUGAAUUUGCAUCUGCCCGAGGGACAUUACCCGCCGAGGCACAUUGCGCCGGAACAAAACUGCGGGAAAGUUGUAGCUAGGAAAAUGGCAGCCCUGACGGCCGUCGACAGUGAUAUUGAGGAUGAAGCAGCUAAAGCAGACGAUCCUAAUGAUAGGGACUACCAACCUGGGGUUAUUUGAAGCUAGAUGAUAAUAAAUAUUUAUUUUAAAAAUUGUGUU